UAGUUAUAGGCGGAAGGGGAAAGAAGGAAGAGGGAAAAAUAAAGAAUAACAAAACUGCAAAUUCUCUCCCAAUUCGAUUCAUUUUCAGUUGAGAUUACGGUGGUGCUGGCGGCGGCACGCGGUGGCGGUGGGCGUCGUUUUGUCAUUGUUCUCCAACUCCGACGAUCACGAUUCGGAAACAAGAACAACAACAAUUACAAUAAUGGCGUACAGGAGGAGACAAGGAAUUACGAGGGCUUCUACUUUCAAAGAGGAGAUUCAUCAUCCUUCCGAUGAGAUUGAUCACAUUUCCAUCUCUUCUUCCUCUUCCACCUCUUCUUCUCUUGCCUCUCAGGCGAUCCGAGCUUCUGCUGCUGCUCGUGAUCCUUCGCAUUCCUCUGCCUAUGGCAGUAUCUCCACUUUUCCCCCUGGCCAUUUACGAUCCAAGAGUUUUGCUGGAGAGAAAUUGACAUUCAAAAGUGAGAAAUCAGGGUUCUGGGGCGUACUAGCUCGGAAAGCUAAGGCCAUUCUCGAAGAAGAUGACAUACCCAUAGAAGAAGAAACAAGUAGGUUCCAGCCCAUUGAUAGCUCAACCCAUAGUCAGGAGCCAUGUCAGUCUACUGAUUGCAACUCAAAGAAAUCGGACAAUCCUGCAAUCACCACUUCGCUUAAUCAACGUGGGGACACAGUUGAAAAGCCACUUGAGGAAGGUCGCACAAUUAUGGAAACUAAGACUGUAGACAUCAUUCAAGAAACUGGCAAACUGCAUAUUAGGAGAAAGAGCAACAAUUCUGAAGGAUUAUAUCCAGCUUUGAACAGUCCAUGGCAGAAAUCGAAUAUGCGUUCUCUAGAACCACAGAUGCAAACUCAUCAUGAAACUCAACUGAAGGCAUCUCGAGACGUGGCGAUGGCGACAGCAGCCAAAGCCAAAGUAUUACUGCGGGAGCUGAAAACCACUAAAGCAGAUCUGGCUUUUGCUAAAGAAAGAUGUGCACAAUUAGAGGAAGAAAACAAAAUACUGAGGGAAAAUCGCGAGAAGGGAGACCAUCGUGCAGAUGAUGACUUGAUUCGGCUUCAACUGGAGACUCUUUUGGCUGAGAAGGCUCGUUUGGCGCAUGGGAAUUCAAUAUAUGCUCGGGAGAACCGUUUCUUAAGGGAAAUUGUAGAGUACCACCAACUCACCAUGCAGAACGUGGUUUACUUAGAUGAAGGAAUGGAAGAAGUUACAGAAGUGUAUCCCAUGUCCACCUCUCCCGGGACCAUCACCAAGAUGCUUUUUAGUUCGGUUUCCCCAAACUCUCCAACCUCACCUUCAUUUCUCUCUGUGAGUCCACUAGCAGCAGCCAUGGAAGAUGUUCCAAAGGAAGACAGUGAUGGAGAAGAGCCAACUCCCACAACAGUUUCUGAGGAAGAAGAUACAGAAAAAAGCCUCCAUGAGCCUUUCUAAAUCUUCAUAAGGAGAUUGCUUACUAUUCUUUGAACUAAUAAUCUGUGAAAAAAAGUUUGAUUCUUUUUCUUCCAUUAUCUUUAUUCUUUGUUCAUGAGGAGUGGGGUGAAAUCAUACAAGAACUAUUGCAUUGCGGC